UGGGGGCAUCUGUGUCAAGAGAUACUGACAAGCGUCAUGCAGCUUUGCCUGUGACUCUGAUUCUACAGUUAGCUUGACAUGCCAGCCGGCAUUUGUACACUCUGGUCACGUGACCUCUGAUAGCAACGAAGUCAAACAACAUGGCGGUCGACUGCUUCUUGUUGCUAAAGAAGAGUAAAGAAAUUCGGCCUGGCCAGAUGUAAAAAACCUAAAAAAUCUGUAUGACCUAUAAUUCAUUCAAAGCAGCAUAGAAAAAAAUUCUAUCAUCAUGGAACUGGAUGAGAGGUUGCGAUGGAUAGAGACACGAGUGACAUCAUCACUCAAGCCAAGAGCAGAGGAGCUUAAGUUCUUAUUCACAAAUGAAGCUUGCAGGAUCGCAAUGUUUGAGUUCUGCAAUAAUGAAGAGGUCAAGAAUUUGUACAUAUAUUCAUCUGCCCCUGCAGGAAAAGGACUGAUGGCGUCCCUUAUCCCACCACAAACAAUCAGGGAGAAAGCUACACUGUUUGUUAAGUCUCACUCUGCUGGGAAACUUACUCGUGAUAAUAUUAUGGAUGAAGUGUCAUUUGAAGACUGUUCUAAUAAGCCCUUAAGCCAUCUUGGCAUUCUGACAAGGGAUGUCUAUUUGCCUUUGUUAAGCAUAGAAAUGGGUGGAAGCGUCAGUUCUGAUAAGCUUAUGGACUUGUUGCAUCGACUUGUUGCAAACAUUGAGGUCAUGGAGGGCUCAUUGAAGGAUCAAGUUGUUCUUCCACUGCCAUCAAUUGAGGUUCUUUCUGAGGCUGCAGCAUACAGCAGUCGUAGACCAGUUGUAAUUCAUGUACUUGAGACCACAGUCAUUAGUUGGAUCAAACUGAUUAAGGGAACCCUGAAACUUGAUCCAGACACUGAAGUUGCAAAGAAAUUCGGACUAAAGCCAGGGCCCUUGGAUGAAAUUGAGAUGUGGUCGGAACACCUUGAGAGGAUCAGCAUGAUAAAUGAGCAGCUGUCUUCACAUGUUGCCAUGAACAUCAUCAUGAACCUGGAGGAUGCACACAGCACUUAUGCCCAGUCUUUCCUGCUGGUCAAACGUGAUAUUGCAAAGGCGGAGCAGGAAGCCAAUGAUAACUUGCAAUUCCUCAGCACCCUACUCCCAUGGUUUGAGAAGCUCCACUACACAACAAACUCACGUGAGAUGGUGGCGACAUUUGCCCCAUUGAUGCAUACUCUGUACUUAGUCUGGGCUUACUCCAGAUAUUAUCAUGAGCCAAAGAACUUCCUUCGCAUGUUUACAAUGCUAUCAAAUGAAGUUGUUGCAAGAGCUAGACAUCUUGUUGGUGAGAAUGUUCUUGACAACUUGCUGGAGUCGUACGCAAGUCUGAAGGAUGCCCUUCGCGUGUGUGCUGCAUUUAGAGGCUGUUAUUUAGACAAGAAAGACAAAGCUGACGACUUGAACCAGAGGAAACUAUCUGAACAAACAGGCGCUAAUGUUGACAGUGGUGGUAUGGUAUGGCACUCGAAGCUCUACACAGACAGCCUUACACCCAAAGCAGGCAAGCUCUUUGCACGAGGCAGCACUCUAACGGACAGCAUGAAUGACCUGGAGUCCGACCUCUGGACCGACUCACCCUGGCCCCCACGCAACAACCCGUGCUUCCUGAGCUUGAAUAACUUUAUGGAGAGGUGCAACGAUGUGCUGGAACUAGUGCAGACCACAAGGCAUUUCGAGCUUCUCACGUGCGCCGCUGAGGUGGGCGGGGCCGGCGGUGAUAGCUUGGAUUGUCUUGUGCGCGAGAUUCACACCAAGUUUAACGAGGCUAUUGUCUCCUUUAAACAAAUGGCUCACGAUGUCUUGGAUGCCGAAGAGACGCAGCACUUCGAGCGCGAGUUCUUCGCUUUUCGUUCUGUGACAAGGGACUUGGAAUUCAGCCUGGCAGACGUUUUGCGUCAGAGCUUCAAGCAGUGUUGGGACACACGAGCUAAACUGAGGCUUCUGGAGGUGUUUGAAGGAAUAAGUGGACGGGAGUUGGUCCAGGCAAACUUGAAAGACAUUCUUAGUAGCAUGGUACAUGACUUGACCCAAGAGUUACUCAGUGUGCGCAAGUUCUUCGAGCAGAGAAAGGACGAUCCCCCUUCUCACCCACACCUCCCUCCCGUGGCGAGCAAAGUCCUUUGGCUCCGCGGCCUCAAACUUCACAUACAGCAACCGUUGACCCGUCUGGGCCGCGUCUCGCCCGCCUCCCUCAAGGGGGAUGAUGGGUGGCGACUACGGGACACAUGUACUGAUCUGCUCAAGGACAUCGAGAAAUGCGAGUCGGAGACAUUACGCCAGUGGCAAAAUGACAUCCAAACCGAGCUUCGAGUCAAACUCAAGCAGCCGCUUCUGAUAACGGAGGUAGAGUCGGAGGAGAAACCGCCCAUCCUCCACGUUAACUUCGACCCUGAGCUUCUCCUACUUCUGCGAGAGAUCCACUAUCUAGCGUCCGGGCCAUUCAACGUGCGUCUCCCUGACGCCGUUCGCGUUCUUCUCCGCUCUACGGAUGACGGGCUGCUCCGCUCUACUGCCGCGCGUCUCGACACCAUCGUAUCACGCUACAACACCAUCAUGACGUCCAUGGAGGAGUACGAGAAACCGCUGUUUGAGAGAAAACUGGCCAAGAUUGAUGAGGUCCUUCACCAGGGACUUUAUGAAUACUCGUGGAAAACAUUAGAGUCAGCGGACUUUGUGGAGCAUGCGUCUUACUUGGUGUGUGAUGACGUACACUUCAACCUCGGUACCGUGCAGUCCAAUUACCGCGAGAUCUGCAGCAUUGCGGACUCAUGGUCGACUGGUGGUCAGCUGGACGUAUUUACCCCCAGGGACCCCUCCCUUACUUAUCCCAUGGACAAGUUACAAGGGCAGCACAAUGAGAUUUUCGAGAAUCACAAGCAUACCAUCAUCGUCGGAGGAUUCAGGAUUCAUGCGCUGCUUAAGUCCACGUUUGAGGCAGUCCAGAUAAGUAGAGCGUCACCUGCCUGGCAGAGCUACACCCAGCAUGUGAGUGAUGUGGUCCUGAGAGGUCUCCGUGAAUCAACACUCGCCUCACUACGCUCGAUGCUCAAUCAGAUCGUAACCGCUAACAUAGCUCAGGACAACUCGAGCGUACCCAUCCUGACCAUACGACUAGAGCUGAUAGGACCCCAAGUACUGUUUAACCCGACGCUGGACGAAAACACCGCCUCACUCAGCGUACAGGAAGCUGUCCAGAACUGGCUCAAAGAUUUCCUGGGCCGGGGUGACCAGAUUAAACCCUUGGACGACGGCAGAGAGUCGUAUGCCACAUCGAUCAAAGAAGAUGAGGAGGUGGUCAGACUUGUAAAGCAGAUCACGGAUGUUGUGGAGCAGAACUCUACCGAAUGCAAGGGAUUCCUGGCCACGUUCCGCGAGUACGCGUUUUUAUGGAUGCAGGACGUUCAGCGCACAUUCGAAGAGUUCCUUGCGGGUAACAUCGCCGCGCACCCGCGUAAGAUGAACCGCUCCGAGCUCAUCAGGUCACGUGCCUCCGUCAACUCCGAGAAGUCCAGGAAAGAUAAGGACAAGGACACCAGAAGCUCUAGCAGGACAUCAGCUGCAGCUUCCACCCUCAGUACCAGCGGCGCCAUGGGUCUGUCUGAAAAGACCUUCCUCAACCCUAAGAAAAUGACGGCGUCAAGGGAGGCGCGGCAGGAAAGUGGUCCCUCACUUGACGACUUCGACCGGGAGAUCGAGAUCUACAUGACGGCACGUGACGAGAUCUACGCACUACAGGACUGGUGUGACGUUGGGUGGAUGCGUGUCAACAUGGCGCCCAUUAAGCAAGUGCUGGGAACGUACUCCAGCAAAUGGAUGUUCGUCUACACAAAGUACCUGUCUGAUCAGGUAUCCUCGACCCUUAAUGACUUGGACUCGUUCCUGAAGCGGAUUGAGCCAGGAAUUGAGGCGAUAACAGGCAACGAGCGUGACAUUGCUUCCUUUAUGAGACUCAUGAGAGUUUUCAACGAGGUGAGCACCCAGCAAGCCGAGAUGGACAGCAAGUUCAUCGCCAUGAAGCGCACCAUUGCCUUGUUAGAGAAAUACGGGCAGAAACUGCCAGAGAUGACACAGAAAUUCUACGCCGCAGCUCCACAAAGGUGGAAUAACCUAAAGAUGAAGGUCAACCAAGCAAAGCAGCGGCUUGGGCCUCGCAUUCAGGCCGAGGCUAGGAGUGUAACACAGGAGCUGAAGGCAUUUGGGGGUCGCUGCGAAGCCCUGUCCCGAGAGUUCGCUGCCUCAGAAGCUUUCAGUCGCAAGUGUGCGAUCUACAGCGCAUUCACCCUAAUGGAUGCGUUCGGCAAGAAACUCGCGACGAUGGAGGGCGAGGCGCAGGAUCUCAUCGAGCUUCAGGAGUUGUUUGAGAAAGUUGUGGUCAACUUUUCCGUCUUGCCACAGUUGCGUUCAGACCUGGAAUGCUUGCGACAGGUUUGGACAACCUAUCGCACUGUACAGGAACAGCAUACCGAGUGGAAACGCGGCCGAUGGCAGCGGAUAAACACACGGCUCAUGCGCAAAGCAACUGAUGCUCAGCUAGAGGUGGUUCAGGCGCUUCCGAGUGACUCCUGGGACUGGGAUGUGUACCUUGGCAUGCACGACUCAAUACUGAACAUCCAGGCGUGCCUGCCGAUCAUAGACGACUUGAGCAAGUCCGCCAUGCGUCAGCGUCACUGGAAACAGCUACUGCGUCUUGCUGGUGGAGCUUUACAGAUCAGUAACGAGGGCCUGACACGGAUGACCUUGGGGCAGCUGCUGGAUCUUGGUUUGCACAACCACGCCGAAGAGGUUCGUGCUAUCAUCCAGAGGGCCACAAAAGACGUGGCUAUCGAGAGUUCACUCAAGACUUAUGAGGAAGUCUGGCUGAGCAAGAUAUUCGAGAUGAGGCCGCAUACGAGAUACAAGGGACCAGCAUCCUCUGCUGCUGCCGUCACGCAAGACAACACUGGCAGCGAGUUUGGCAAGGACUCUGAGUUCGAGUUACACGCGGGACCUCGCGGGAUGUCGAGUCGCGUGUCGGUCACGAGUCAUGGAAGCGGUGGAUUCAGCGUCAAAGACAGUAAAACGCGCAAGACCUCCAUCGCUUCUGCUACGUUCUCACAGUCCCUUCUUAACCUGACCCAGGAUACUGGACCAGUGUGCCUGCUCAAUAAAUGCGAGCCAAUCUUCGAGGAGCUGGAAGAACACCAGGUGUCUCUACAGAGCAUGCUCACAGGGAGUGCCGCUGGCUCGUUCACUGAUGACAUCAUGAAGUGGCAGAAGCGUUUACAGACAAUUGAAGCCGUUCUGUCCGUGUGGCUGGACGUGCAGGAGAAAUGGGUUGAGCUUGAAGACGUCUACUCAAGCCUGGAGUUCCGUAUUUCAAUGCCACACGAGACCAACCUAUUCUCGGCCGUCAACAGAGAUUUCCGAGUUCUCAUGAAGGCCACUGAAAAAAAUCCUAACGUGCUUCAGGCGUGCUCUAGAACAAAUAUCCAAACGAAGCUCGAAAAGCUGAACAUGAACUUGCAGCAGUGCUGGAAGUCCCUGCUGACCCAUCUGGAGCGCCGCAGGCUCAAAUUCCCACGCUUUUAUUUUCUGUCUCUUGAAGACGUCUUACACGUGGUGUGCAACGGUUACGACCCUGGCCUUGUGAACCCAUACCUGUGUAAAGUGGUGGAGAACCUCGGUUGCCUUGACUACGAAGAGUUUGAGUCCGAGGGACAGACCUACUUCCAAGUGACAGGUGUCAUCAGUAACCAUGGUGAACGGCUACAGCUCAAGCAGACUGUACUAUGUGACGGGCCAAUUGACGGCUGGCUGGCGACGCUGCUAACCACACUUCGACAGACCAUUCAGGAGCAGCUCGGUGCCGUACUCACCUCUACCCCCACUGUGCAAGACAGUCGACCCCAAGACCAGCCUCCCGGAUCAGCCAGUAGUUACGGUCGCAUCGAGAAGUCGUUCACCCUGGAUAACUGUACCGAGGUUGUUCUACUGGCCACACAAGUGGAGCUUCGUGACAAGAUAGAUAAAGCUUUGAAGAAGGUGCUAGGCGGGGAUAAAUCGGCGGCGGAGGGAGUCUACAACAAGCUUUCUAAGAUACUCCAGUCUGUUGCUGUUAUGCUCAAGGGAGCUGAGAAGGGUCAAGGCCCAAAGACAAGAGGUGAGCUAGACGGAGAAUCAACCGAACCGCUGGACGAAAUAUCCCAGAAACGAGCCCUUAGCCGCAACACUAGCGCCACCCACCGCACCCUCAGCGCUGCGUCACGUGACCUCGACAAACGAUCCGACAUCUCACUCUCCUCUGCUAAGCCUGAAAAACAGGAGCAAGAAUCAGCGACUGUGGAACAACCGGAAUCUGAAUCCAGCACUAUGGUUCUAUACCCUCACCAGAUUCAGAAAAUCAGCAACUUGAUUGCGUUACUGUCACAAAAGCGCGAGCUUUUGCGUGACCUUAUGCAGAGAAUAGGCAAUGGUGAGCAGAUAAAAACGACCGCUGACUGGUUUGAAUGGCGAACGCACGCGAGAUAUCGCUGGGACGAGCAAGAGAAGACUUGUAAAGUUGACAUUUUGGACAUGCCGUUUGAGUAUGGGUUCGAGUACCAAGGCACGUGCACAAGACUCGCUCUCAGUCCCCUCACGGAUAGAUGCAUUAUGGGUUUGACCCAAGCCCUCACCUCCAAAAUGGUUGGAGUGAGCAGUGGAACGUCGGAUUGUGGUAAAACCGAGAUUGUAUGUGAGCUGGCAAAGAUCCUAGGUAAUCCGCUGUACUCAUUCAACUCCUCACACGGGCUCAACCGCACGAUGCUGGUGGACAUCUUUCGCGGGCUUGCCAGCUCGGGGGCCUGGGUCUGCUUUAAUGACAUCACCUCUAUCACAGCCCCUGUGCUCUCGAUUGUCACGCAACUACUCCAGGUUGUUGUGGAUGGACUCCGUGGAAACAAGGCGUCUAUUGUGAUAGAAGGCGAUGAAGUCACCCUAUCCCCUCAAGCCGCUUGCUUUGCCACCCUUACCAACUCCACCUACACCCAACUAACCAACUACCUUCCAAGCGUCGGGUACUUCCCCUCCUUUCCGAGCUCCUUCUCGCACCUUCCCAAGGACCUCCUCGCUCUCUUUCGCCCUGUCGCUGUGACAGGACCCGACUGGGCCAUCAUUCUGGAGGUGUGGCUCCUCAGUCAAGGCUUCAUCAAUGGGACCUCCAUAGCUAAUAAGAUAACGACCCUGAAGGACCUCUGCCAGAAGAUGAUCCCGUCCACCUCCAAGGCCCUCCCGAUGAACCUCUCCUCAUGUGUCCAGAGGGUGAGUAGCUGGGGCCUAGUAAGCGUCAAGAGAAUGGUGGAGAACGCGCGUGCACAGUUGUUCAGAUGCGAGGAAGAAGCCGCUGGGAGCAAAAAGGCGGAUGUACUGGUGGUGCGAGGAGAGGGAGAUGGAGCAUCUCGUGUGGAAGCUGAUGGAGCUGUCAUCGCGCAAGCUAAUGCUGGUGAUGGAUCGGAGCAUGAGGAGGACCCUGAGCAGGAGACACUAAAACUUGAACAAACAGCCAUUGUCCUUGCCCUGCGUGACACCUUCAUGCCCGGCCUGUCCGGCGACGAUGCCAUCAUGUUCGCCACCCUUCUGACCGACCUCUUCCCGGGUGUGCAAGUCCCCAUGAUCUUUGACAGCUACGGGGUGGUGAAUGGCAAGAUGGCCCUUAAUGACCCUGUCUGUAACCUGGACGAGAUUCCUGUCAUGUCGCCAAGCCGCCAGCAGACACCCGCCGACAAAUCUGAUGCGAUAGAUAAUAUCACCGACGCUAUCCAAGUAGCAACUGGAAAACUCGGCCUGCAGCCGGGAGUAUCGUUCCAAUCUCGUGUGGUGCAGCUUGCGGAGUUGGUCUCCGCGCACAAAGUGGUCUGUGUGACGGGUCCGAGUGGAUGCGGUAAGUCGGAGUGCAUCAAGACCCUGGCCGCCGCCCACCGUGAGAUGGGCCACCAAGUCAAGACGGAUACUGUCUGUACGGGCGCCAUGGAAAGCGAGGAGCUGCUGGGCUACACAGACCCUGUCACAAGGGAGUGGAAGGACGGCUUGGUCGCUGUUCUUCUGCGUCGUCAGUGCCGCGUGCUUUGCCUACAGGAGAUGGGGCAUAACACGGCCGCCGGCAAGACACUCAUGAAGUGGCUUCAUCUGGACGGAACGAUUGAUUCGCGACAAAUGGAGAUAUUCGGUUCUGUCAUUCAAAAUAGCGGCACGCUGGUUCUUGGAAAUAACGAGAGGAUCAAAGUCCCGGAAGCGCUUUUGAUUCUAUGGGAGCUUGAGUCCCUGGAGAACCUAUCCCCAGCAGUCAUGUCCUCUGUGGGCAUGCUCGCACUAAAUAGCUCAGAUGUCAGCUGGCCAUUACUGGUGGAGCGCUGGCUCACGCACCGCCCCGAGCGCGAGGUCGGGGUUCUGAGGGAUUUGUGUGAUCGCUAUAUCGGCCCGACCCUCGAGUACCUUGCAUCCAAGACCUCGGUCCCGCCCCAGACGGGUGCGCCCGUGGGACAUAACAAACCAUCGCAACUGAGACACGUGGUGUCAGUGACGGAGAUGGGGAUGGUCAACACGUUGCUUACUAUAGUUGAGGCGAUCAUAGCUAACUACCAAGACCUGAUUCCUAGCGAAUUUGAGAACUAUUUCUGCUACGCGGCAAUGUGGGCGUUUGGCGGGACGCUGGAGGAUAGCCACCGGUCUUAUUUCAGCCAGUGGUGGAGAGAUCAGUGGUGUGCCUUUGUUAACCUCCCAGGGGACGAAAUGGUGUGGAACUACUAUGUGAAUCCGGAGACGCACGAGUUUAUCAGCUGGCGAGGUGCAGUGCCGCCCUAUGCCCAGACGGCUGCCGAGGGUAUCCCUAAUGAGGCCUAUGUACACACGAUUCACAAUGAGCGCAUCUCCCAUCUGGUUGGCCUUCUCGCUGAUGCCGGCAAGCCUGUCCUCCUGAUCGGGGAAGAAGGAGGCGGCAAGACCUCCACCCUAAGGCACCGACUGCGCCAACAUGGCGGCGAUAUCGGCGAAGUCCUCAGCCUUACUGUAUACUGCAACAAGUUCACGACAGGUCGUAGCCUGUGGCGAGAGAUGGCCAAAAACCUGGAGUGGAAACACGCACAUACAUUUGUACCCAAGGGUAACAAGCGACUCACAUGCCUUGUGGAUGACCUGAACCUUAGCAAGUCAAACGAAUGGAGCACUCAGUCGGCCUGUGAGCUUGUCCGCCAGCAUAUAGACCACGGUGGAGUGUUUGACCCAGAGACACACGAGUGGAGAGAAGUUCGUGACGUGUCUUACCUCUCUUCGUACAAUCCUUAUACUUCACCAACCACAGCCAAGCUGGGCAGCCGACUCCUGCGACACUUUGCACUCCUCAGUGUGUCCUUCCCGAGUAUCAGCGAGUUGCAUUACAUUUACACUCAGCAACUCGAAAAGCACUUCCUUCUGAACGCUCACCCGCCCCAGCCUACUGCCGCAGACAGCUCCUCGCAGGGGACUGGGGAGAACCACAUAGAGAGCACAGGGAUUGGGCACCAGGACCGCGUUUUGAGGGAGCUAUUAAGCGCCAUGACAUAUGUGACCCUCGAGCUUCAGGACAGCAUGCGUACUAUGUACCUUGCCACGGCUCAGAGAUGUCACUACCUGUUCACAAUGACGGACCUUACUAUGAUAUUCAGGAAUGUUUGUCUUACUCUUCGCCCUGGCUGUUCCCAUCGUGAUUUGCUGUUGCUUUGGAAACACGAGUGCGAUUGGGUAUACGGCCGACGCUUGAUUGACGCCGUGGAUAAGGAAAGGUUCCAGCAGGCCUUCCUCACUGCGGCCAAAAAACGAUUUACACAUGAGGACCAGCUGUCCGUGAUUACGGGUGCCACGCCAUUCUUCACCAAUCUAAUCGAUCUGGAGGACUCCGCUGGAGAAGUGAUGGGGACUGGGGCUAGCGAAGUCAACGAAGAUGACGUGCAUCUUGCCUAUCGUCACGUGACAGACAUGGCCAAGGUUCGUGCUGUCCUGGAGCACGGCAUUGAGGAGUACAACAAGGACUUCCCGAGGCUCAAGAUCACGCUUCACGAAGACGUCAUGGAGGUCAUCUGCCGGCUCGUACGCAUCAUCCAAUGCCCUCACGAGUGCGGCCACGCCUUGAUAGUGUCCGAGGGAUCACCCGGACAGGCUACCAAGCUGGCCCAACUUUCUGCACACCUGUGUGACUACUCAGUGUUCCGCAUCAACCCGUCGUCUAUCUCUAACCAUGCUAAGUAUACUCUGGAGAGCUUCAAGGCUGAUUUAGUGCAGGCUUACACAAGGGCCGGAGUGAAGGGUGAACGCUUGCUACUGCUUUUGCCCGAGUCUGACAUGAUUGAGGAAGACUUUUUCGUGUACGUCAGCGAGUUCCUCGUUUCCUGCUCCAUCUCACACCUCUUCACCGAGGAGGAGCAAACGUCGGUUAUCAACGCAGUCCGUACGGAGGUCACACAGGCUGGACUAACCUACACCAGGGACGUGGCCUGGGACUUCUUCCUUAAGACCGUCAGGGAGAAUCUCCGUGUCGUCAUGACAAGCACGUCACUUGACGACGCGUUCCAGAAGCGCUGCCGUUCCCUUCCAGCGCUCACCAAUACUGUAUCCAUCAUAUUGCUAAAACACUGGUCGAAAGAGGAGCUAGUGACACACGCUAGUUACCACCUUAAAGAAGUGAACAUUCUUGACGCGGUGGAGAAAGAGAAUCUUGCCCACCUGAUGGCGUCUAUGCACCUUGCAUUACGUCAUCAAGACGGCGCAGACAAGGAGUCUGGUACCCAUGGCCACCUCACUAACACCACCUUCGAGAUUUUCGUGGAAAAGUUCAUCAAUCUUGUGAAGAAGCGUCAAGAUUUUCUUGUGCGUGAGCACGAACAAGUGGAGGCCGCACUGAAGACGAUCGAGCGCGGCUCCAUGCUUGCUGAGCAGCUCAAGAAACAGCUCAAGCACGAGAAAAGGGUGCUGGAACAGAAAAAGGAGGGGAACCGUCAACUACUUAUGCAGAUAGGACAGGAUCGCGCUAUCGCCGAGGAGCAAGUGCGACUUGUCAAGCGACAACAAGAGCGAAUCCACAAGCUGAAAAAGGCGCUGCCUGAGUACCAGAUAGCGCACGAGCGUGCAGUUUUCAAGGCUGCUGCGGUAGUGACGGAUACGAAAAAGGUGCUUCGAUACCUUGAUGCACAAGGGCUUACGGAGCUCCGCGCCAUGCAAAAGCCGGAUAGCGAGAUCGAAGACCUGUUAGCUGCCAUUAUCAUUAUAGUGAAGUCGCCCACAUCAGACCUCACGUGGAACAAAGGUGCCAAAAGACUUAUGGCAAAUCUUGACCGGUUCCGCGAGGAGUUGUCGCUGUUUGACGAGAUUGAACUCCCGCCAAGCACGCUAGAGGUGGUGGAGCCAUACCUCAAGAAGCCACACUUUACCGGCGACUACCUUGAGCGCAAGACCAGCAAUUCUGCCGUCGGCUCACUAGUGCUUUGGGUCCGUGGUGUCGUCAGAUACCAUCGCAUGAUGCAAUCCAAAGUAAAGCCCCUGCAUGCCAAGGUAGCGGAGACCUCCUCAGCGGAGGAGUCUGCCGUCAGCAAGAUGACCGCUAUGGACGACAAGCUAAAGGGGCUUGAAGAUCGCCUCAAGUCCCUAUCGCAAGCUUAUGAGGAUGCGUCCAUCGACAAGUGUCGGCAGUUCGAGUUGACGCAGACACUAGAUGCGCAGCUUACUCAGGCUGCUUACUUUGAGAAGGUGCUUGCGUCUGGUCGUCAGAAGUGGCUAUACAUCCUGCAGUCCAUUAGGAACCGCCUUAACGCCAUAGCUGGAGGUGUGGCUGUCGCAGCCGCAUUUUCGUCGUACUUAGGUCCUUAUAACUUCAGCUUCCGCCGAGAUAUGAUGACGGUGCACUGGCCUGCCUGCCUUGAAGAGCGAGGGGUCCCCUUGGUUCUUGACGCCUCCGCGCCCUACCCCGAUGCGAGACUCUUCAAAACAGACGGCCUCUCAAAAACCGACAGUGACCUUGACAAGCAAGUAACUGGCAACCCCCUUGCUAACAGUGAUGGUGCCCGAGAUCCGGGGGAUGGUGCAAUCGAGGAAGAAAAGACUAGGGAGAGGGGUGAUGGUGCGGCAUCUGCAGGUGCACAGACCCCUUUGAGUCAGUCUCGCGCUGAUGAGAAUUCGAAUUGUCAAACCUCUUCCGAGGAAGCGAAGUCUGUUGCCAGUAUAGAGCAACAAAGUCAUGAAGUCAUGGACAAAACCCUAGUCGAGUACGACGCCUUCUCAUUGGCUAUCUCCAAGCUGUUGCUAGGGGAUGGUCCCGUGCGUAAACUGCUGACCAAAGGAAUGGGACUGCGUAAGAUCGAGAACCUCGUACUGGCCAAGUCGUCAUGGCAACGCGUCCCACUGCUAAUUGACCCAAAUAACAAGAGCCUGGAGCAGAUCAGGCUUCUGGAAGAAGGCAGUAAUAUCCUGGAAUUAGACCUUGGCGAGAGUGACCCAUCCACCGUGGUGAAGAUCGAGAAGGCGAUCACCAAUGGAACGGUCCUGGUGCUUUACAACAUCGAUACGCGCAUAGACUCACUCUUUAUGCCGCUGAUCCACCAUAUCAACACCGCUGUCUCAGAUACGCACACAGAAGACGCACAAGUGGUCAAAUUCGGUAACCGUCGCGUGACAUGUCAUCCUGACUUCCGGUUGUAUUUGGUGUCACGCUCUUCGGACCCAGUCUUCUCAACCGAGGUGGCAUCUAUAACCACGUUGAUCAAUUUUGAGUUGUGUGACUUUGGCAUGGAAGAGGAGCUGGUACUGGAAGCCUUCGCACGGGUUCGCCCUGAGCUGUACGUGGAAGGGCGCAAAAGCCUUCUCGCCGUUGUCGAGUUGCUCAAACUCCUGGAAGAUGUGGAUAGCAAACUGAUGACACGCAUCAUGACCAAGGAAGGAACCGAUAUCUGGGAUGAAACUGAGCUCAUUGCUGAUCUUGUGCAGUGUCGAGCAGAGAUCACUCGUCGACUUCUCAAGGCCAUGGGAAACCUCGAACACCUGUCCCAACUGCGCCGCCAAUUCCGUGGUCUUGCUAAGCGGGGCGUGGUUCUUUUCAGCCUUAUGAAGGGGCUAUCCCGCGUGCAGCACGAGUACCGCUUCUCUCUCGGCUAUUUUGUGGGUAUCUUCAAGAGGGCUGUCGGCAAAGAUUUUACGCCGCCUCAGGGGGAGAGGCUAGAGUAUGAAGACGAGACCUCUGGAGGACAUGCUGGGGGAGAGCCGAAACCGAGCACAUCUGUGAUGAUCAAAGUUGUAGACGAGGAGGGUGUUAUUACCACACCCGUGCAAGCCGAUAAGAGUACAGCUGUUCCAAGGACCAGUGGGCAGGGCAAAAUGCGCAAAAAGAUCUCUGUGAUCCUCCCUCCAGAGAUUCAGUUGCCGUCCCCAGGGGUAGACUACACAGGACUGUCUGGGGAGGAGUCCAUUGAGAUACAGAAUGCGCUCACUAAGGCGUUCUACAUUAGAGUCAGUAGGAGUAUCUAUGACCGACACAGACUGCUCUUCGGUUCACUAGUGUAUCUAGUUUCACGGAUGCUAGGCGAGGAUCACACAGAUUUCACUACCCAGGAGAUAGAGAUUCUCUUAGACAAGGCUCCUGCUAGUGGCGUGUCGCUGUCCGACUGGGACCCAACCCUCGUUCCCCCUAGCUGGGUACCCUAUCCCGUUUGGCAAUCAAUCCUUGCGAUGUCCACCCUUAAUGGACCGCUAGACGGCGUGUGCGUCCACAUUGCCGCCAACUCGACUGAGUGGAGAAGCUGGUACGAGUCUGACUCGCCCGAGUCUCUCUCGUGUCCAUUGGACCACAGGGAGGACGCACCACCGACUUCAACCUUACACAAACUGUUAUUAAUACGUUGUUUGAGGCCCGACAGGUUCGAACCAGCAAUGCGUGCGGCAGUCACAGAAUCUUUGGACAGCCUAAUUGAGAGGGAACCUCCUUCCUUUGAGUCCAUGCUUUCCGCCUUCAUCACGUCCAUUCCUGUAUUUAUCUUGAUUCCGGAGCACCAUUCCUUCAGCUCGCCACACUCCGUACGGCCUGUGGAAACUAUACUGCAGCUUGCGCAGUCACAGAAAGUGUCCUGUAGACACAUAGCAGUCGGCCACGGUCAGGAGGAGUUGAUUGACGUCGCCUUGGCAACAGCCAUCCGAACAGACUGCUGGUUGAUUAUUGACAAGCUCCACUUGGCCUCUCGACAGUUGUUAGAUCACUUGUACAAUCGACUCUUGAGGCUCCACCUCCAAGCCGAAUCCGCCCGCUCGCCGUCCCAGUGGCGGAUUUUCCUUGUGUCGGAGCCGUGUCCUCAGAUGCCUGUGUUUCUCCUUCUCUUUUCGCACCAGAUCUCCUGGGACGCGGUGCAUCGGCAACACAAGUACCAAUACCUCUCGGCCGGGGAACUAGACAUCAGGGACACUAUAGCGCAGACCCUACAGAGCGUCCCGCGAUCCUACUGGGAUAAGGCCCGUGACCAGUCCCCCGCCGUGCGCACGGGUCUGUUCAGCCUGUGCGUGAUCCACAGUUUGCUGCUGUUGCGCCAGCAGUGCGGCACGCGUGCACUCAGCGGCCAUUACCCAUUUGAACUGGCUGACCUGUUAAGCGGUUUUGACCUGAUUCUUGGAAAGGCGUUCUCCUCCGAUAGCUCCGGUUCUCUCAAAUUCGACGGAGGGGCUAUUGCACAGUCCGUUUACUUCGGCAAAAUAGUUAACGAGUGGGAUCAGCGUUACGUGAAGACAAUAGCCAAUUUGGUCCUCAAAUCCACCGGGUCCUCAGUCACCCUGGGCCCACUGAGUGUACCCGUGCCCCCGGUUAAUAUGGACCCCAGCGAGUACGGGUCGUGGUUCCAAGAAAAGACUUCUGCGGAGUCCUGGGCCGAGCAAACUACUGCAGCGCUAUCACUUGAUGGUAGCGUCACACGAGAGCGUGGCGAAGCCAGCUCUACUCAAUUCCUCUCCAACUUGCGCUCCCUACUCAUCACCUGCAUGGAGCAGCCGAAAAUCAAGACUCUCGAAAGGACCACACAGACAGCCAGCAACCUAUCAGGUCCCUCUCUCACCCCUCCAGUACCUCAGUGUGUGGUAUCGGGCCCCGCCAGCGGCCCCUCCCUCAGUAGCCUGCGUACCGCCAUGGAUAUGUGCCUGGAUAAGCUACCGACCCUCUUGCAGUUUGAGGUUGAGCCGCCACCGUCGCUGCAGACGCUUAUGCCUCGGGUUCUGUCCCAGCUGAGGGCGUUGUCUGUGUACAGCGAGACUAGCAGCGUGGCGACCUCCGAGGAUAAGCUCACCGAGAGUCUUGGAUACGUCCUCAAGAAGGAGUGUGAGUGGUUCAACUGCCAGCUGUACCACGUGCGUCACGACCUGCAGACGCUGGAGCAGUGUGUGCUCGCGGGCUCAGCAGCCAUUCCACGUGCACUUGAUGACGUGGUCUGGGCGCUGAAACGAGGCCAAGUGCCGUCUUCGUGGCAACACCCCAACGAACAGCCCUCGCCACAUUCCCUCUCGUCCUGGCUAGAAGCCUUCCAUAAGCGUCACAAACAGUUAAGCGGCUGGAUUUUAGAAGGCGUGGUGCCUAAGGUCUCCGAUGAGCCGGCCCUGGGGCGAGCACGGCUAAAAACAAUCUGGCUUGGAGGCCUGGCGAACCCUGGAGCGAUAGUGACGUCACUAAGGCAUGAGAAGGCCGCCAUGUCUGGUGUUGACUAUGACGAGGUCUCGCUGCGAUGUUUCAUUUCCAAAAAGUAUGGGUCACGUGACAGCGAGGGCGAGGAGGAUGACGGGAUCGUUGUAUCGGGACUGUACCUCGAGGGCGCAGAUUAUGACGCCGACAGCGAGCACCUGCUUCUACAGCCAAAGGGUGCUAUCAUCCCACUACCAGACAUGCAUCUCAGGGCAGUGAUCGACUCCGAGGGGAACUCCGGGUCCCAGGAAGAUAAGGAUGCGUGGUAUGAAUGCCCAGUCUACAUCAACCGGGCCCGGCAGUCCUGUACUUUUUCUCUACCACUCAAAUCCGACACGGACCCCGAAAACCUGACUGUUGCUGGGGUAGCUGUGGUUUUAGAUCCAGGCGACAUUGUAGGAACCUGGAAAUUAGUUCCAAGGUCAUAACUGAGCAAUAGAGAAUGUUUGUAUAUUUUUACGCGAGUUUAUAGAUUUUGUAAGUUAUGACUUUUUACUUCGUGUAUGGUAUAAAUGAAUUGAAUUGGCAUUUGCCGACUUGUACAGACAUGUUAGACGAACAUUUAAUACAAAAUAAAGCAAAGUGUGAUAUA